UACAGACAAGGCUACACACAAUUCCUGCCCAUCUUUCUGGGCUUGCCGAAAACAUUCAGAGAGGAGCCACUGCGGAGGUUAAUAAUUUUUCUUGGUGGACAAAGCCAAAGAAGCUAAGCUCUGAAGUCAGAGCCAUCAACCUGCUGUUCAUUAUUUGAAGGAACUGUAUUUGCCCGGUGGUCGUCCUCUCUUGUCAAGCCAUCUCCAAUAAAUCUGCACGUGGCAAAUUUUGGGGCCCCCGUCUCGACAUCUUGCAUUUUCCUUUGGCCCUGGUGACGUUCCGGAGGACACAUCUUCUGCUGCUGUCCCUACAGAUGUGCUGUUGGUUCGCUACCAAAAGGAAUAUGUGCUAAAAACUAAAAUCUACUGAAAAAAAAAAAAACUGCUCAACUUUGUGUGUAGAAGAUGAGCAAUGAAGACGAGUUUUACGACGCCGUCACAGGCCUGGAUUCUGACGAGUCGUGUGAAGGGUUGUCUGAGGCCAGUUUCAAAGAUGCCAGAGGGUUCGAUGGCAGAAUUCAGAAGAACAAUGGAUCAGUACUACAAGAGAACGGCAUCAGGAAGCACAGGACAUCUUUACCAGCACCCAUGUUUUCCAGAAACACGGUCAGCAUCUGGAGUAUCCUCAAGAAAUGUAUUGGACUGGAGCUGUCCAAGAUCACGAUGCCCAUCGUCUUCAACGAGCCUCUGAGCUUCCUGCAGAGGAUCUCAGAAUACAUGGAACACACUUACCUCAUCAACAAAGCCUGCUCGCUGUCCGACUCCAUAGAGCGCAUGCAGUCAGUAGCUGCUUUUGCUGUAUCAGCAGUUGCGUCUCAGUGGGACAGAACUGGAAAACCCUUCAACCCGCUGCUGGGAGAGACCUUUGAACUCAUCAGAGAGGAUCAGGGUUUCCGGCUGGUGUCAGAGCAGGUUUCCCAUCAUCCUCCGGUCAGUGCCUUCCACGCAGAGAGCCUCUCCGGGGACUUCGUCUUCCACGGCUCCAUCUAUCCCAAACUCAAGUUCUGGGGGAAGAGUGUCGAGGCAGAGCCAAAAGGAACAAUCACACUAGAACUUCUAAAGCACAACGAAGUGUACACAUGGAGUAAUCCUUUCUGCUGCGUGCAUAACAUCAUCCUGGGCAAGCUGUGGAUAGAGCAAUACGGAACAGUGGAAAUAGUCAAUCACAGCACCGGGGAGAAGUGUGUGCUGAAUUUUAAGCCAUGUGGAAUGUUUGGCAAGGAGCUGCACAAAGUAGAGGGCUACAUCCAAGACAAGAAUAAAAAGAAGCUCUGCGUAAUCUAUGGGAAGUGGACCGAGUGCAUGUGGAGCAUCGACCCUCAGCAGUACGAGGUCUACAAGAAGUCGGACAAGAAAGGCGACAAGAGCAAAAAGAAUGAGGAGCUUCAAAAAGCUGAGAAUGACGAAGCAGACGACAUGCCUGAAAUCCAGGAAACGGUGUCUGUUGUACCAGGAAGCACUUUGUUGUGGAGAAUAGAGUCCAGACCAGCACACUCUGCUAAGAUGUACAACUUCACAAACUUUGCGAUGGCUCUCAACGAGCUGGAGCCUGGCAUGGCAGCCAUUUUGGCCCCCACCGACUGUCGCUUCAGGCCCGACAUCAGAGCCAUGGAGAAUGGAAACAUAGACGAGGCGAGCAAAGAGAAGGAGAGACUGGAAGAAAAACAGAGAGCUGCCAGGAAGGAGAGAGCCAAGCACGAGGAGGAGUGGACAACUAGGUGGUUCCAGAUGGGCCCCAACCCAUACACCGGUUCCCGGGAGUGGAUCUACAGUGGCGGCUACUUCAAUAGGAACUACCAGAACCUGCCGGAUAUAUACUGAUACUCUGCUCGCCUUCAUCUUUCUCCUCUUCCUCUCCGCUAUCAUCAUCUUUAACCUGCGUGUUCAUUUUUGGCCCAUCAUGAUGCAAAGAGAAUUGCUAAAAAUGCAUCCUUUAGGGGUGAUGCUUUUGGAAAGAAGCCAAACAGCUGCCAUUACUUUUCACAUCUCGAAGAGAAUCAGUGACCAUCAAACGUCUCUUUGCCUCGACGCUGUAAAGAACAGAACAAUCACUUAUUUCCCAGGCAACCUCAGCAGCAGAGAACUGGGAACGUACUGAGUCACACGUCUGCUCUGAAUGGUUAACAUCUUUGCAAUCAGACUCUUUCCUUUCAGCUGCCAUACGUGACUUAUAAAUACACAGAUAAACGUACAUAAGUGGAAACAAUAACUUGGACGUCACAAACCUCACGAUGGAUUUGUGGAUUUAAACGGACUCCCAGUCAACAAGGAAAUCAGGGAUGUGAAUGUUCCUUUGACUGAAGACAGGUUUUCGCUCUGAAAGACUCGAAACACUCACAGAUUAAUAUAGAGGACGUUCUGCUCUCAAAGAACUGUUGGUUCGGUUAGUUACAGCACGCAAUGUCUGCAUCCCACGUCCCUGAAACGCCUCGUGUUUCCCACCGAGUCGCCUGAUGACACCGAAGUCGCAUCACAGAACUCCAAAGCAAGCUCAAAAAUGAAGAUCCUCUUUGCUUCUAGCUGCAGCUCUGUUGUGUGUUUGUUUAAAGUCGUUUUACUGACCAGAAGAUGUAUGCAGGAUCGCUUUUGCAGCUCGUUCAUAAAAAAGUAAAAUAAACUUUCAAGAGCUCGGUUUGUACGCAACAAGGUGAAAUGCGAGUCAUUGGGAUCAAAAGGUAAUCCCUGAAAUAGUUUUUUUUCUUCUUUUAUACAUUAACAGAAGACUAUAUAUAAAUGUAAACACACUCAAACUCAGUUGUUAGAGGGCCGGAAAAUGACAUUUGAAGAUACUUGUUUACUUUUCGCCUGUAGGUUAUUGUUGAUGUGUUUACACUGCAACCUCGAUGAACUAAUAGUCCAAAAGCGAGAAAAGCUUCAGCAUCUGCUUUUUUUGUGUGUUUUUUUUGUUCUUCUUUAACAACUUACUUGUGCGUCCGUAUUCAAUGCUGAAUGACUAAGCUGUUUUAGAAGAUCUUGACAUUACAUGUACAUAUUUAACACUUUGGUCACGGCUUGCUGGGGAAACAACCGAAACAGAAAAAUAUCUUAAGUGUAAAGCGGUGCAUACAAAGCGGUCUUGUGAAUGCGCGUGUAAAUGUUGAACACUUUUUAAGUCAUUCUAUGGAGAAAAAAAAAGCAUCACAAAGAGUUAAGGGGGGAAACAAUGAAAUCAUUCGGCCGUAUCUUGAAAACGAAACCACCAUUAAUACAACACAAGAUUAAAAUAGCAACAAAAGCUACAAAACAAACAGCAAAAUUAGCUACAUAAAAAAAAAUGUGCGUUGAUUGUAGUUUUUUUAUUUUAUUUUGUCCUGCUACAGGUGUACAUAUCCAUCGGUGCCUUGGGGUUCGUCGUCCGAAAAUGGAUCAGCUGAGAACAAACACACCUACCAAGAGGAUGAAAGCUCAGAUGGAUUAAACGCUCCUGAACUGAUUGGCUUUAACAGCCGGUCAGAAGCGUGCUCUGGGGUUAAAGCCUUCCAAGACACAGAAUAAUGCUGCGUGAAAGUCUUUCGUUUCCAUUAAAGCCGCACAGGCCAUAAAGUCGCACACACUUCUCUGAGCGAUGUGCUGAACUCCGGUGGCUAAACGUUUAGCAGAAAAGCUCUUAACAUCCGAGGGUUUGUUUACCCUGGAAUCCGCUUUCCACCACCUGCACAUUCAAGCUGAAAUAAUACAUGUUGAAGCAGCGAAAUGACUCGUUUUAAUAUGUAGCUUUUAAGUCAGACUGAUACGCUCACGUUUAGGGAUGAAAAGACAUACAUAUGCAUAUUUCUGUCGCAGCAAAUUUGGAAAGCUGCCACUUAACACUAUGGAGCCCGGCUGAGCUGCUGAGAUCUGCUGGCUGAUAGGCGUCGUAAUGUUUAUUUUGGUUAUUGUUUCCUCACGUCUGUGUUUGUCUGAAAUCAUGUCUCAUCACCGACUCUAUGCAACGUUUGCACAGCUACACGAACAGCGCGCGUCUCAUCUGUUGUUGUACAGUUUGCCCUACAUUCCUGCCCCUCCCUCUCUCUCACACACACACACACACACACACACACACACACACACACACACACACACACACACACCUACAGGUAAAAUUAGACAUGCUCACACUCAUCUGUAGGUGUUAACUUUUAAUUUCAAAUAUUUCAUUGAAUGUGGGUGGGGGGGGCGACAAACUGCAGAGGCACUACAGCUGUCAAAUCUCACCUCUGCGUAACUUCUUUUUUUUUUGCUCAUCUUAUUUUAAAACUGUAAUGAGUGCCUGGUUCUGUCUAAUUCUUUUUUUUUUUUUUUGUCUAUUAUUUAUGGAGUUUUUGGUUUUAGGAGGUAAUUGUUGCUAAAACUUUGCCAGAAAAGUGGUAGAAAGAUGCUUCAGCCUUCAGACCCUGGCUGCUACAUGUCAGCUUGACUAGCUUGGUGGAGGCUGAUUGACUUUCUGUUUUUGACAUGUUUGGGGAAUUAAACUUAAAGAUUUCAUUCCUUUCUGGAAAAAAACAAACAAAAAACAAGCAAACUACAGAUACACUGUCACCAAAUGGUGAAAUUUUGGUCACAUGAAUGUAAACAGUCACCAAUCUGUUUCUUUUUUUUAAAAAUGAAUUUUGCUUCUGAUGAUUUAAUUCGCUGGCCAGCAUAUGUAACAGCCAGACGUUUGAGCGCUAAGGUUCUACCAGCCACCCUGUUAAUCUGUCCAUUUAACCGCCUCGUGUUGCUUUGACCGCUCCAUGUCAAUGUUUAUAUAUGUGUGCAUGUGCUGCACAGAUGUAAUCGCAAGCAAAAUGGCAACAUUGUUUUGUGCAAUUGAUUUAUUUUUUUAGUAUUUAAACCAUUUUUGUUCUUUUUUUGUUUUUUUUUUUUUUUUUUUUUUUUUGGUGAGAACAUUGUACAAAUAAAUUGUUUUAUUUUGAGGUGGGGGGAAUGUAAAGAGGGUCUUACCCAAGCUGCAGACAGCUCAGGUGGUUCAUGAAUGGAGGGGGGAGAAAUGUCUACUAAUAAAAUCCUAAUUUCAGUUUUUGA